UUUCCUUCCCCCUCCCCUUUCCUUCCUCCUCCUCCUCCUCCCCUUCCCCCGACAGCGUAGCCGGGGCUCGGGCUCGCUCCCUCCCCCGUGCCCUCCCCUGGAGCCGCCGCCGCCUCCGCCGCCGCACACACGGAGACAUGUACCCGGGAGCCCCCUCCGCCGGACCCGUGCUGACACCUCCUCCCCCAUUGCCACCACCAAUACAGGGAUAUGCCUUUAAACCUCCUCCUCGACCAGAUUUUGGCACUUCUGGGAGAACAAUCAAACUGCAGGCCAACUUCUUUGAAAUGGACAUUCCUAAAAUAGAUAUCUACCAUUAUGAAUUGGAUAUAAAGCCAGAAAAAUGUCCUAGAAGAGUUAACAGAGAAAUAGUGGAGCAUAUGGUUCAGCACUUUAAAACCCAGAUUUUUGGGGAUCGCAAGCCAGUGUUUGAUGGAAGAAAAAACCUUUAUACAGCCAUGCCACUUCCCAUUGGGAGAGAUAAAGUGGAGCUGGAGGUCACGCUGCCAGGAGAAGGAAAGGACAGAAUAUUUAAGGUGGCCAUCAAGUGGAUGUCCUGUGUGAGCUUGCAGGCUUUGCAUGAUGCUCUCUCUGGCCGCCUGCCGAGCGUCCCGUUUGAGACCAUCCAGGCCCUGGAUGUGGUCAUGAGGCACUUGCCUUCCAUGAGGUAUACUCCUGUGGGGAGAUCUUUCUUUACAGCAUCAGAAGGGUGCUCAAAUCCUUUGGGUGGGGGCAGAGAAGUUUGGUUUGGCUUCCAUCAGUCAGUCAGACCUUCAUUAUGGAAAAUGAUGCUAAAUAUUGAUGUGUCUGCAACUGCAUUUUACAAAGCACAGCCAGUUAUUGAGUUUGUCUGUGAAGUUCUGGACUUCAAAAGUAUUGAAGAACAACAAAAACCUCUGACAGAUUCCCAAAGGGUAAAGUUUACCAAAGAAAUAAAAGGUCUGAAGGUGGAGAUAACACACUGUGGACAAAUGAAAAGGAAGUACAGAGUGUGCAAUGUCACCAGACGACCAGCAAGUCACCAAACAUUCCCACUUCAGCAGGAGAAUGGACAAACAGUUGAAUGCACUGUAGCUCAGUAUUUUAAGGACAGGCAUAAAUUGGUUUUACGCUACCCUCACCUUCCAUGUUUACAAGUUGGACAGGAGCAGAAACACACAUACCUUCCUCUAGAGGUGUGCAACAUAGUGGCAGGACAAAGAUGCAUAAAGAAACUCACUGACAAUCAAACUUCCACUAUGAUUCGAGCCACUGCCAGAUCAGCUCCGGACCGGCAGGAAGAGAUCAGCAAAUUGAUGCGGAGCGCCAGUUUCAACACAGACCCUUACGUCCGAGAGUUUGGCAUCAUGGUCAAGGAUGAAAUGACAGAUGUGACUGGCAGAGUCCUUCAGCCUCCCUCAAUCCUCUAUGGAGGCAGGAAUAAAGCAAUUGCUACACCAGUGCAAGGUGUCUGGGACAUGAGGAAUAAACAAUUUCACACUGGAAUUGAAAUAAAGGUUUGGGCAAUUGCCUGCUUUGCUCCCCAGCGCCAGUGCACUGAAGUUCAUCUGAAGUCCUUCACAGAGCAGCUGAGGAAGAUUUCCAGGGAUGCUGGAAUGCCAAUCCAGGGGCAGCCCUGCUUCUGUAAAUACGCCCAGGGAGCCGACAGUGUGGAGCCCAUGUUCAGACACCUCAAGAACACUUACACUGGGCUGCAGCUUGUCGUGGUCAUUUUGCCAGGAAAAACACCAGUCUAUGCGGAGGUGAAGCGCGUUGGUGACACGGUGCUGGGAAUGGCCACUCAGUGUGUGCAGAUGAAAAACGUCCAAAGAACAACACCACAAACUCUGUCCAACCUUUGCUUAAAAAUAAAUGUCAAAUUAGGAGGUGUAAAUAAUAUUCUACUGCCACAGGGAAGACCCCCUGUAUUCCAACAGCCUGUCAUAUUCCUUGGUGCAGAUGUAACUCACCCACCAGCUGGGGAUGGGAAAAAGCCUUCCAUUGCUGCAGUUGUAGGAAGCAUGGAUGCUCAUCCCAACCGUUACUGUGCCACUGUGCGGGUGCAGCAGCACCGCCAGGAGAUCAUCCAGGACUUGGCUGCCAUGGUCAGGGAGCUGCUGAUCCAGUUCUACAAAUCCACCAGGUUCAAACCAACUCGAAUCAUCUUCUACAGGGAUGGUGUUUCUGAGGGGCAGUUCCAACAGGUUCUCCACCACGAGCUGCUGGCUAUCAGGGAGGCUUGCAUUAAACUGGAGAAGGAUUAUCAGCCUGGCAUCACAUUUAUAGUGGUGCAGAAGAGGCACCACACCAGACUCUUCUGCACGGAUAAAAACGAACGGGUUGGAAAAAGUGGAAACAUUCCAGCUGGUACCACAGUGGACACAAAAAUCACCCACCCCUCGGAGUUCGACUUCUACCUGUGUAGUCAUGCUGGGAUUCAGGGAACAAGCAGACCUUCUCACUACCACGUGCUGUGGGACGACAAUCGCUUCUCGUCGGACGAGCUGCAGAUCCUCACCUACCAGCUGUGCCACACCUACGUGCGCUGCACGCGCUCCGUCUCCAUCCCUGCCCCGGCCUACUACGCUCACCUGGUGGCCUUCAGAGCCAGGUACCAUCUGGUGGAUAAAGAACACGAUAGUGCUGAAGGAAGCCACACUUCUGGCCAGAGCAAUGGCAGAGACCACCAAGCACUUGCUAAGGCAGUCCAGGUGCACCAGGACACGCUGCGCACGAUGUACUUUGCUUGACAUGUUUUAAUGUUCAGCGGCUCCCGACAAGGCAGAGUUGGAUUCACACCAGACCAGCUGCACUUAGACCAACAGAUGCCCCACCCCAGGGACAGCCAGCAAUGAGUGAUGCAUCUUUAUUCCUUUCUUUCCCAUUUGCAAGGAAGCCUUCCGUCCAGAAUUUCAGACUUGAUCACAAACUGCAUUCUUGUACCAAACCCCACUGUUGUCGGAAAUGUGGUUUGCCAAAAAAUCUCUGAGCUGCUUGGUAUAAAACAGACCCAGAUUUUAUAAUUAAAUCAAGAGCUGCAAUCUCAGGGCUUAGGGAAGAAAAACAAAAAAACCAAACCAACAACUCAACCCACAAAACUCCUCAUUCAGUUUGCUGUUCAUUGAGUUGCUUUUGAUAAUUUGGAAAGAUCUAAUUCAUACUAAGGUUUGAUGAGCUAAAACGCUGUGAAUCAGCUUUUAGUACAAAGGAAAGCAAAUCAUCUUUUGAGUAUUUAUGAAGCCUUGACUAUUCUAGAUGCAUUUACAAAAUUUUUAUUUUCAAAAUAAGAGCGUGACAAAAUUCUGGUUUCUAAUUGUCUUAUAAAGAUUAUUCUCAGAUUAUUCUCUGUGUGUCUAAGGACAAAUGUAUUUUCUGAAGCUUGUUCUUGAAUGUUUUUUAUUGUGCUGCAUUUUAAAAUGUUUUUCAUAGACUAAAGAUGAAUUUAAAAAAAAAAAAAGAGAGUAAACCUGUACUUAAGCUUUUAAUAGCUCCAGUUAGAUUGGCAGAAGAAAAUGUGCCAUUUAAAAAAAUUUGUAAAGAUUUUUUUUUAAAUCAUACUGACAGCUAACUUUAGGAUUUGUCAUACAGGACUGUGACAUUUACUUUCCAAAGUCUCUAAAGAAUACGGGUCUGUGGUGAUGAAUACAGUACAAUCCUUUUUCACUGUUGAGUUAAUGUAAAUUUUAUAUAUGUUUCACAGUAUUAAUGUGAUAGACUAGAUGCUAUUAUUUAUUUUUAUUUACUAAGGAGUGCUCAUUAUACUUCUGUUAACAUAUCAAGAAUGCUUUGAACUUAGAAAGUAAAAUCCUUUUUGUGGGGACAUUACUCUUCAAAUGCAAAAAAAAAAGAAAAUAUGCAAUCGAUGUGGUGAGAGGAGAGAGAUGCAGCCAGUGUCUGUUGUAGCUUGGGAUUUGCAGAAAGGCUUUUUCAAUGUGCACACAACACAGCAGGUUUUACCUCUGCGGUUCAGACGCACACAAGACCAACAUCCUACAUUCAUUCAAGCACAAAACAAUUGUAUUUUAUUUAUAUGUUGAGUAGUGGUGAAGCAGGAGCUCUGCUAGAGGAGAGUGGCUCGCUGGAAGUUAGGCAGAAGUCAGAGAAUCUAUGCAGUAAAGAUAAAAAUUAGGAGAUUGAAGUUUACUUAGGGAGGGAGGUGAAGCUCUCUUCAUUAUGCAUAAGAUCUGUAGGAAAUGUGAGAGUUUUGCCAUUCUCUUAGGAGAAGCAUUAAUUAAAACUGCUAAUUAUGAGACAGAUGCUUCUGUUAGUUUGCACACUGGAUUCAUAAAAACCAUAACACACAUGUAAACCAUUGCACUAAUGACAAUGCCACGAGCAGGUUUAGGAGAAAAUGGAAAAAGCCCAGGAAAGUUGUUUAUGCUGACUUGAUCUUGUUUGUUUUUCCAUGGGAUAACUGAAAUAAGAUGCUGAGAGGCAGGUUGGAAAACCUUCAUUCUCCUCCACUGAUGGAUUUUGCUUUGUCUUUUCCCUUUUCUCCGAGCAGCUGCUCAGUCUCUUUGGACACUUUUACCUCUGGCCACUGGGAUGGGCAAGUAGCUUUAACCCAUGCAGAGCUCUGGGCCACAGAGCAGGUCAGCUGCAACCAGGUGGUGUUGGAUAAGCUAGAAAAUGCCCAGCCUUUGCUGCAUAAAGACUUUUAGGUACAUAAUUCCAGUCCAGAUCUUCACCUUGUAGCAGUGUGAAGGUUGUCGGUGUUUUGUAGGUGAAAUGUAAAACCUGUUAAUGAAAUAAUCAUAUUUGUACUAUUCUAAUUGGGUGAUUAGGCUGCUGGCUCAGAGUAUCUUCUUGGUCAUAGUUCUAUAAAUUCAGAUUUCUGUAAAUUUGAAGCAAAUCCUAGGUAGCAUUGUCUGUCUUGCUGUGUGCCAGCGAGGUUGUACCUACCUCCCCUCAAGCACCCCUAAGCUGCAGAUCCUCCCCGUGGUGGGUGUGUUGCACUUCUCUGUGUUUCCUUCAGAGCUUUCCUAUUUCAGUGAAGAUAUUCAUUUGGCAGAGUUUUAUAUAAGAAUUAUUUUUAUAUGAAUUCUUCUUAUCAAAUAGGAUAAAGAUCAUCCAUUUUAAGACAUCAUUUAACUUAUUUGCUGUCUGUUAUGCAGAGACCUCUUGGAUGUGAAAUUCAUCCCCCUCCUUCCAUGCAGAUCUGGGACAGUGGAAUUGUACAGGUGGUCAGAUGGGGUGAGGAGGGCAGGAUCUGUCUUGACCUCAAAUCUCAUUUCUGAAGCAGCCUGUGACUGCACUGCAUCCUAUUUAAAAUGUUUCCUUUGUGAGAAAAGGAGUUUUAGGCAGGCCCUUAGUCUGACAGUAGCUGUUGUUUGUGCAUCCUCUUGGAAUGAGCAGAAAUUAUGUAGCUUUCCUUCCCUAAGUAUGAAGAACUUGGGAUGUUUAUGUGCAUUUCAGGACAUUUUUAGCUUUUACAGAUCUUUCUAAGCCUCUAAUACUGCUAAUUCUUUAUGCCUUGUGAUUCACAGAAAGACUCCACAACUGGUAAAGUUGUAAAGUAGGUCUGUAUUUAUUUGGUGAUGGGCAAAUUAAUUUCUAACCCUCAUGUUUCACUUGUGUCUCCCUCCUUUUCCCUUCCACCAGUGGUGAAUUAGUGAAUAAUUUAAAGCAUUUAAAAAAAUACUGAUUAGAUAUAUACUUUGUAAAGUACAGUAUGCUGGCAAUCCAGCACCUCCCUUCCUGGGAAUAUUUUUAACAUAAAUUACAUAUUCAGGAAUGUCUCCUGUCCAAAAAAAAGCCUGCCACAAACACAUAAAAUCCUAGAAUUACUUUUUAUUCUGCACCUCCCACAUGUCUGGUGUAGAACAGCAACAUCUCAGGUCAGCACAAAGCUCAAGAAGUCUCAGUCUCCCCCAGGCUGCUGGUGGAGAAGUGCCAGCUGAGGUCACAGCUCUGAGCCUGGGUCACUGUGCAGGUCAGGUCAGCAAUAACCAAAUUUGUGCCACCCUCAGGCACUUGGGGCAUUUUCCAGCCUGUGCAAAGGAGUCUCAUUGCACAGCCCCCCCAAAACAGCAUCAGCAAGUGUGAAAUGCUCCUCUUGGGAGGUGACAAGUGCUAUCAAAAUACACAAAAUAAUUAAAAGUUUGUCUUUUUUUCCCCUGAUGUACAAAAUCUAAUGCAAUUAUGAGGUUUGCUUGGUGGUGGAAGUUUCUGCUGCAGUGGCUGAACAGAGUAACCAGUCCACUCCAUCUGUUCCAGCCCCCAGGAAACAACUGAGCUGAUCCUUAGGAGCAAAUGUCCUGUUGGGAAAUGCUGGAAGGAGGUGGAUUUGUCUCUGCCUUUAUGUGGCAUUUAAGACAGCCCUAUGCAAUUUAACACAUGUGUGUAUGCACUGAUGUACAGAGUGAGGUCACUUGUUUUGUUAGAGCUCCUUAUUUUGGCUUGGCUUGCUUUAGAAUAUUUGACUUUGUGAAUUACAAUCAAUAAUCUUCCACGUUCCAGAGGCUUUGGCACAGGAAUUCCCUUGUUUCUUGAUCUGUCAGGUAACAAAUACCUUUGAUCUCCAUCCAGGCCCCCAGGCAGCAUUCCCUGAUUGUAAAAUCAAAAAGGUUGUGAAGGUUUGGCUUUAAUUCUGCCUCUCUCAAUAAUUCCUGCAGCCUUUGUUGUAACAGAGUCUUGUUCUUGUUGGAUCAUUUUUAUAACAUAAGACAAGAGGUUUUUCCACAAGGAUUUUCAAAUUGAAACUUCUGGAGAGGAGGUGUGAGGAGUUUUUUUUCCUGAAAAGAUUGAAGUUUCUAAGAUGCUUCUAAGUUUUUCUUUCUGACUAAAGUUGUUCAUGUAGGUGCCCAAAGGCUUUUGAUUAAAUAGCAUACUCAGUCAAAUAAGCACCUCUGGUAGCAUAAAUAACCCAUAAGGGACUUUUUUUUUAAAUAUAUCUUUUUCUCAUUAACUAAACGAAUGUAAGAAGAGUUCUCAGUAUUUUUCACACUUGAGACCAGUGUAAUUAAACUCACUUGUUUUCCUGUUUUUUAAUACUCUUCUACCACAGUAUCUCUCUUUCUGUGGCUUUCCCCAUUCCUAAUGCAGGGCAGUCCUUUGUUUUUUACUUUUAUAUUCCAUCUGGUCACAUGCUUCUUGAUUCACACAUGCCAUCUUUCUUAAGGAAAACUUCAAGUAGAAGGUAAUUGCACUGAUUGUUGGGUUUUUAAAACUCCCUUUUUACUGUAAGAUUUUUUUUUUUUUUGCAUCUGCUGUAGCUGUUUGAAAAUACUGUAAAUAGUGCUCUGUACAGCAAGUACUGAAAUGCUGGAGAUACCAUUCCUUGUUCUAUUUUCCAGAAUACUGCCAUAUUUUCCAGUGUUGAGGUAGGAGCUUUGCUGUUAAAUGCUGUUAUACUUUGUGUGCAUUAUGGUAUCAAUCCAAGAAGGGCACAGUUGCUGUAUUACAGUGGAAAUACUUAGGGUUUGUCUGAAUUUAUAAAACAUUUCUUCCUUCUCUCCUCUGUGCACAUUUCUCCAAGACCACAGAGAUGCAGUUUUUCAGCUCUCACUGUGCUCAUUGUCUGUGCAAGGUUCAGAUGCCAGUUUUGGUAUCAGUUUGAUGACUGAUGGCAUUAAUGUAAUACUUGGAUUAUCAGGUGUAGCUCUCCCAGGUUUUCCUUGCUUGUCUGAUUCUUGUGUUGUAGAAGCAGAAUCUGUGGAUGUGGCAGAAUUUAGUGGAAUGACAGGGAUUUGGGAUCCACUUAUGAUGUCUUGCUGUCUGUCCCUGCAUGGUGUGGGGUUGGAGUUGCAGAGGAUCUUUCAGUGCUCUGAGCUGCCCAUGGAUCUCCCAUCCAUCCAUCAGCAAUUGCCUUUUGCUUCCAGAACCCUCAGGGAUGGGACAGAGCCCAACUCCAGCCCCACUGGCUGAUGCUAGGAUGCAAACCAGCAAGUUCUGCCUUCUGUUUCUGAGGGUUAAUGACUGGAAAGAUGCAUUUCUGAGAGGGUUUAAUCCAAAUUGUAUGGGAAGGGGGUGCUGUGUGUGCUUGGUGUGGCACAGAACCUGUUUAGUCCCAUUUAGUGUUUCAGUUGCUUUGUCAGAGUUGUUUCUUUGAAGUGUUAAUUUGAAUGUAAUUGCUUGGCCAAAUCACUACAAAAGUGGGUUUACGGGAAUCUUUAGUUGCAAAGCAGAUGCAGUUCAAGGCUACCUCCUGUAUUCCUUCAUGGAAGAAUUAAUUGAAGUGAACCUCCCACUAAGCAGCCAAAAUGCUCCCAGAGGGACUGGAUUUGUGCUGGUCUGUUCCUUACUGGGAAGUGGCAGUGCCAUACUGUGAUCCUGGGUGGCUGCUCAGCCUUCCCUCUGUCUUCCAGAGGCAUCCCUGUUUAUUGAGAGGGUACCAGACCUGGCAAGUGGCACAUCUGGCACAUCUGCUUCUGGUCAGGGUCACUCCAUAGCAGCAGCUCCCUCUGUGACCUGUCCCUUCACUUGAGUUUCUAUACUGUUGUUUUCCAAAUGAAAAAUGUUUCUGUACUUUACUUGUUGGCCAGAAAACGUCAGGUUUUCUCUGCAAAUGACAUGAAGGUGCUUGAAAUAUAUUUUGAGUCUGAGGCAAAAAAUAUGUAUUGGAUUAUUUUUUUAAUGUGUUUUUUAGGUAAGUUGACAUGCGACUGUAAGAAUGAAAAUACUUUAUUCCCUGCUCAGAAAAUGAUAAACUUUAAAAUGUGGGGGAAAAAAACAACCCAAAACACCAAAAAACAACCCAAACCUGAGUACGUUCAUCUUGGGACUGUUUAGUGUCAGUUCUGUGCAAAGCCUUGGCCAAAACUCAACCUUGACAUCAGUGCACGUGGACUGAGGGUACUUGAAGUGACCUGAAAUGAAACUGUAGAGAACUGUGUUAAUACAUCAGAUUUUGUUUACAAUUAUUCCAAACAAGCUUCCUCAUCUCGGAACAAACCACUCUGCUGACAGAAAUACCUGUUGGAGCACAGUGUGCUGAUGUGGUUUCAUAGCAGUGUUAAAGUUGAUUUUUAUUUACAAGUGACUGGGCUUUCUGCUGUGGAUUUUGGCCUGUCAGAGUGAGUUUCCUGAGAUUCUGUGCUCCCUGUAAUUUCCUUCCCUUAAUCUCUGGGUCUAGACUCUGAUGAAGCUCAUCCAUGGCAGGAGGAUUGCUUAUGUCCUGACUUUCUGGAACCCAGAUCUGGCAAAUGACUGAAUAAACCAUUAUAAACCAGCUCAUUAAUAACUGAAUAUGGUAAAAUCCUGUCAGUUUGUUUCAGUUCUCAGUCAUGAUUUAACAAAGCCUUCCCCAAAAGUGUGAAGUGCAGGGUAAAUGGCUGCUUUGGGGAAGAUGUUUCACUACUUUGUGCACUGCAGAUCGUGGACACCAUUGCUGGCAGGGCUUGCAGUGUGCAGAACAGCUCCUCUGUCAUUGGUGGGAGCAGAGUUUUGUGUUUUCCAGACAAGGCAGACCCAGGAUCAUCAGGAAGUUUGGGGAGUGAAGGAGCUUCAUGCUGGGUGCUGCUCAUGCCCUAGAGAAGAGAAACCCUGGGUACCCCAAGCCUUGGGGAAAUGAGAGAGGAAGCAAGGGGAGACAUUUCCUUCAAAAUUGCCAAUUUAAGCACUUGUUAAGGUGACAGUUUAAUUCUUAGUUUUCCUUCUGGCUUCUCUGCAAGUGCCCCACAGAAAUCCUCCACCCUGCACCCAUCUGCUGGCCCCGUCCCAGAAGGGGAAGGCUGGCAGGGAGCUCCAGGAGUCGAUUUGUGGUGUUGGGAGCUCUGACUUGGUUGGGGCCGGGCCAGGGGCGCUGCUGGAUCUGGAGGGACAGGAGGUUGGCAGGAGUUUGGCAGGAGUUCAUUGUGGGAGUUCUGCAAGUGGCAGCACUACAAACCCACAGUACCAGAUGCAGGCUGUGGCUGCUCCUUCCUUCCACCUAAAUAUCCUCCAAAAAAGCAAUUCCUUGGGAUUUGCCCAUGCACUGCCUCAGCAGAUCCAUUGUAAACCUGCCUGAGGCUGCUCUUCCACCAGCCAACCUCCCUGAGGCUCCCUGAGGAGCCUUGGGUUGCAUGGCAGUUCUGUAUCAAAGGGAAUACAGGGAAUACAGUUCUGUAUCAAAGGGAAUAAUCCUUUCCACAGGGUUCUCAGGAGUGCACAGGUUUUAGUUGUAUUUUUUUCCCCACAUUUUGGAUGUGCUGUCGAACCAUGGACUUCGUUAUUUUUCUUCCUCCCUUCUCUAAGCACAACUAAACCACUUGCUGGAGCAGCUGCUCUCUGUUCAUCAGAAGGGAUUGCAGAUGCUGUCUGACCUGGGAGCAAGCCUAGGAGUUGUCCCCAAAAUAAAAUUUUAACUUUUCUAGUCAUUUUAUUGGGAUUUUUUUGAGUGUGCUUGGCAAGCAUGAAUGGUGAACAGGUCAGCAGGCAAGCUUGGGAGUCUCUAAUCCCCUGGCUGGUGCUGUUUGUGUUUGCUUUGUUAGGUUAGAUUUCCUGUCAGAAAAAAAAAAAAAAUGUGGACUCUUUUCUGUAUUUAUCAGCUUUUCCUGGUUUUAAAGCCAUGAAUAGAGGAAGCUUCAGUCAUGCUGGUUUUUGUGAAAUUGCACAUUUUUGCCUGAUAUGUACUUGACUCAAAGCAGAUCCUGUCUGGGCUUUAUGGGCACCCCAAAACUCAGCUGCUGGGGGUUGGAUCAGACCUCUCAUGUACCAACGUGACAUGCAGUGAAUUUUGUUUCUAGAUUUCACCAAAGUUAAUUCUGCAUCAACUGUGAGCUGCUCAAACCUGUUUUAUAGCACUGUUUCUAUGCUGUUAAAAAAUAAGGAUUUGACCCAAAGUCUGUCGUUCCUGAUAGAUUUUCUCAUGAAACUUAAAGACUGAGCCCUUCAAUUGCUCAUCUCAUUUACAGAUGACAGCUUCAUAACUGCAUUUUACAGAAAAUAAGAGGGAAAAAAAACCAACUCAAACAAACCAUCAAAAACCAUUAAGGAGUAAGCUUUAGAUUUAUGUUGGAAAAUCAAAUUUUCAAUGAGGUGCAAUGAGGAAUUACAUCUGGCAAAGUUCUGUGCCAUCCUGAAGAGUGUUACCACUUCCUUUCUGUAAUUUGUUGGUAAAAUUUAGUAGAUUUUUUGGAUCUGUGUGUGUCCCUUUCUAUGUGUGUACACACACGUGUGAUAGGACAGGGGACAGUGUAUAGGCUGUCUGUAAAAGAUACAACGACAGUAUUUGGCUGGAAAUAACAAACACAAUUUCCCUGGCUUUUGCAGUAUUUUAUUGUACAAUCACAAAUAUUUCAACAUUUAGGGCAGUUGAUAAGUAAAGACCCAGCCCCAGAUUUCUGUGCAGCGGAGUGGUUGAUUUGAUCCUGGGAGGGCAAGAUGGAAAACAGAAUGUAUUGAUUAAAUCUAUUUUUUUUUUGCUUUAAUUUUGGUACAUUGCAAAAUAAACUGACUUUUAUCUGUUAAGGUUUUAAUCUUUUAAUAGUUUCAAAAAUUCUUUUAAAAUUAUUUUUUAUAACAUAACCGAAAAAAAAGAACCAAAAAUCAAUCCAGAAGCUCCAUAUUGUAAAUGUUCCCUCCAAUCAAAAUGUUUUUGUGACCAUUUAAAGUUUGUUUUUUUGGUUUUCUGGUUUUUUUUUUUGUUUUUUUUUUUUAGGAAAAAAGAAAGAUAUGAUGUUAAGGUUGUUCCAAGUGGUACUAAAUGUGUGUUGAGUAGUGUUGUGUGUGUGUUGCAUCUCUGUGGAACUGUCUCGUGCUUGCAGUGUAGAAAUGAUUGGUGCUGGCUGGGUGAGAGCAGCACUUGUAAUGCAAAACCCAGAACUGCCCUCAGCUGACUGCAGGGCAUCCCUGGCCCUGCAGGGUUUGCCGUGGAGCUUGUGGCAUCACUUGGCAGUGCUGGGGGUCACAGGGGUGGAAUUCACCCAUUGCUUCUCUCGCUUUUUGCCGUAGGUGAGCACUUGUGUGAUGCUGUGUGGCCACGCCACUUUAAACUAAGCCUUAACUAAAUGAUAAAUGUGUCAGAUUCCUCUCUCAGAGUAUGCAAAAAUACUGUUUAAUGACAGGAGGAUGCUCCUGUAGAUCUUCAGUGUUAGUCAAGGCAGUCUCCUGACGUGAGGAACAAGGGACACCUGUAGCUGUCUGUACUGUGAUGCCUCUUUGGGUGCUGGCUGUCGCAGGCUCUCGGGCAUUCCUCUGGCAGCUGACCCCAAACAGGCUUUCCCAAAUCCCAGCUUUUUGUUGUCCUUGUUGUCAGAGCUAUUCUCCUCCCUCCCCCUGCCAGCAAAUCUCUGCCUGAAGGAGGAUUGUGAUUUAACACUUCAUAUUUUACAUCCCAAAAAAAGCCAUUCUUGAAUUCCGUGCUUGCUUUUGGGUAGGUGCCAUUGCUUCCACUUCUUAUGACUGACAUAGGAUCCUUAAAACAUUUUAAAUAGAGGCAAAAAAAAAAAAAAAAAGUGUUGGGGACCCAGCUUUCUUUUAUUUUUUUUCCAAUUUGGAUCUACCUCAUGUAACCAGUUGGGUGCUAAUUACUCAAAUUGUCAAGGAGAUUUGGCAAAGGCGACCAAACCGACCCCAUCCAGGGCCCAAACCCUUGGGUUUCUUGUUCAGAGACAACAAUCUUGGAUUUGAGUUCUAUUCUUUGUGCCUUUGUGUUUUUUCCCCCCAGUGCACAACAAUCAAAACUCAUCUUCCUGAUUAGAAACAGCAGAUGGUUUUUAACUGCGCCACAAAAAACUGAAUUUGAAAAUAUUUUUUGGUGUAGCAAGUUGUAAAAUCAAGUAUCACAGCUGACCUAGGCAAAGAGAAAUACCCAAUAAAGAAGGUUUUGGAAAUGUUUAAUCCUGACCUCAGAUCUCUACAUCUCUGUGUCUCUGUAUAUGCACAUAGCACACAACUUUGUGUGUGUAUGUGUGUAUAUAUAAAUAUAAAGUGAAGGGAUACACAUGUAAGAGUGAGGGAAUAAAACAUCACUGACCUUUCCACAGUUUUGUACGUAACAGUUUACAACUAUGUGUAAGUUUUUUCUACUAUGUGAACCUUUUUUUACUGAAAAAUAAUUCCUUUUUGGAAAGCUUUAAGUUGUGAUAUGCUAUCAUUUUUUGAAGUUUAAAAAAAUUUUAAAAAAUCCACUAUUUACCAGUACCUACUACAGAGGGGGAAUCUUUGCUGUAAAACUGUAUUUAGUUUAAAUAUUAAAAGAAAAAAAAAAUCUAUAUAUGGGAUUGUAAAAGUGCAUUCCAUCAUGGCAGGACUUCCCAGAUGUUUCCUAAGGCUUUCUGUUGCAGAGAGACUCGAGCAAAAGGAAAAUGCCUCUGUUCAGUGUUUUUAUAAAACUGCUCCAUCAGGUCUAGACUUAAGCUAUAUUUUCUAAAGCCUAAUCAUCCUUUAAUAUGCUGCAGAUAAAUGAUCAGCAUGGUUGCACUUUCUCAGUAAUAAUGUUUGCCCUGCAAUUGGCUCGUGAUAAGGACUUUAGUUUUUUAACAAAACCAAUCGUACUUUGGGCAGAAGGUAAUAUUUAUAUAGGUACCUCAAGAUAAAAAAAAUAAAAAAAGAGCCUGAAUAUGCUGCAUUUUGUUUCUUUAACAUUUUUCAUGUAGCAUUUGUUUGCUUUUCUGGUUUUUUAGGAGAUGACUUAGCUACCUGUUUGCUUUGGGGGACCCCAGUAGUGUUUUUAGGCCGUUGUUUUCUCUGGAUCUCGCAGAAUGUAGUAUCCUGCCUUGGGAUCAUGCAGGAGUUUGGGGUGGGAUGCGCCCUGCAGUGUGUACACACGGGGAGGGGGACCAUGGAAAUUUGCUUUAUAGGCUUCAGAAAAGGAGGAAAAGGAUACUAUAUUCCUAAAACAGACAAUACAUGUUCCUAAUUUUUAAUUAUGGUUUGUGGGGUUUUUUUGGCUUGUUCUGCUUUCUUGACUCUUUUCUCAAAUACUAAUGUGGAAAGGAGCAGUUGAUUAAUGGGGGCACACAGUGACCAAACCUGCCCCACUGGUGGGUGUUUUGAGGGUGAUUCCCCAAAUCCAUGGGUAAGAGCAGUGCCCCACAUUGGAGCAGGACCCUCCUGCUCUCUGCCUGCUCCCUACUGCAGGUCCACCCUCUACUCCUUCAUUUCCGAGUCAGUGAACAUCUAAAAAUGUGCAGAGAUGGGGAAUUUUUGUUGAGAACUGUUGAAGGAAGCUUCAAAGGCUGUGAAAUUGAGCAUUUAUUGUCAUGUUUUUAAGCUUAGGUGGGUCCUUUUCCAAGUUUGUUUUACAGCUUGCAAGGUAAAAUAGUUUGCACUACUUUUGCAAUAAACUCAUGAAAAACCUAACAGGUUCUGUUCUGGUUUCUUACUGUAUAUAUACAACUAAUACUAAAGAUUUAGCAUAGUGUUUUUCACCUCAAAACAUAAGACUUGUAACAAGCUCAGAAUGCUGUAAUUCCUGACAAAAUAAUGAUGUGAAUGAUAUUUUAUAAAGUUAUUUUGUAUGGUGUCGAUUUUGUUUUGCCUCAUAGUAUGUCAAUAAAAUAAAAUUCCUCAUCUUUACAA